AUGGCUACCCUUGUCGGCUCCCGAGUCCAUGAAUCUCGAAUUACUGAGGAAUCUCAUGGUAUAACUACCUUGGAACAUCGCCCAGUCAUUGAACAAGCGAGCAAUCAGAAGCUUCUUACGAUUAGUGUAUUUGCUGAGGUUUACCUGGUUGACGGUAAAACCAUCAGAAAAGCAUCCCGCAGUCACAGCGAAGAUGAUAUGGAAUCCAUCAUACGCGAGGCGACUAUCUACAAAAUGAUGGACGAUCACCCUCGUAUUGCUCAGUGCACUUCUCAGGGAAGGACCGAUUUUGUUGACAUCAAGUACUAUCCGAAAGGCGAUCUCUCUGACUUUUGUCAGAAGAAUGAGGUUUCUGCUGAGCUUCAAUCAAAAUGGUUCCGGCAACUUAUUGAGGCUGUGGAAGUUAUUCAUCGUUAUGGAGUGAUUCACUCAGACCUUGCCUUGCGCCAGUACUUCGUCGAUGAUGAAUUAAAAAUACGCCUAGGUGAUUUUAACUCAUCCCAGUACCCCGAGCACCCUGCCCUUGGGUAUGAGAAGGCAACCCAUUGUUUGCCAAGGGACUAUGCACAACCGAAUACAGUACUAUCCGAUCUUUUUGCUCUGGGUUCUACUUUGUUUGAACUUGUUACUGGGAAGGCCCCGUAUGCCGAACUCUAUCCUGUUGAGUUCCGGGACAUUGCUCCAUCUGAUAUCCAAAUCCUUACGCGAGCGCAGCAGCGACGUGCUGCAGAUGCUGAAGUCGAAACCCGAUUUCGGAAUUUGCAAUUUCCUGAUGUGUCUCAUGUCUUUCAGGGUGAUAUUACUCUGGGUUGUUGGAGCGGGAGAUUUUCUUCAGCAGAGGAGGUACUCCGCGAAGACAGAACUUCUGCAUAA